AUUAUUAGGAUUUAUGAGAGAUUUGUGUCCGUUAAUUAUUAGGAUCUCCGAUCUCGUCUCGUCAGUCCGACUUUUCUCUCUGCUUAGAUUGACUAAAAACCAGGAUCCCCCUCUCCCUCUGUCUCUGGUGUGAACGAAAGCUAGGUUUUACCAAUUCCGCCGAGCAAUUUGGUGCUUCAGUUUGCAUAUCUUCGAUGAUUCUGCUCCACUCCUCCGCUGUUUCGAUCUCUGUCACCAACUCCAUAUCUGGGAUCUGCUGGAAUAUACUGUCUGGUCUUGUCAUGCAGUAAAUGGUUGCAAGAGCAGGCUGCAUUGUUGUUUUGAAUUGUUGUUUGGAAGAAUAAAAUGUCAUAUGAAGAAGUUUUGAAGGCUGUUUUUCCUUUCCUGGAUGGCAUAGACCUUGCUUCUUGUAUGGCAGUUUGUAAGCAAUGGAGAGACAUUGCACAAGAUGAUUACUUCUGGAAAUGCGUUUGUGCUAGGAGGUGGCCUUCAGUAUGUAAACGACCAAACCCUCCUGCUGUAACCUACUACAAGCUGUACCAAACAUUUUAUAAACGUCAGCAUCGUCGAACUUUGUUGCCACCAAGGCUGUCAUUUGAGGAUUUGGAGUUUUUCAUUGAUAUUUGGACCGAAGAUUUGUUAAUAUUCUCAGAUGUUGUUCCAGGUCCUGUUCUCCAGACUGGAAUCAAGGUCCCACCGCCUGGAGUUUCUGACAUGCUAAGAUUUCACCUUGAAGGUCCUGAGUACAAGUUGACCUUACCAGUUGAACCCAGGUUCAGAGUUCCGUUGAGCCAGACUGUGAGCGUUUCAGUGCUUGUGGGGCGCAAAGAUUCCAAUAAAGUCGCUCGCAUAAUUAAUAAAUCUAUAUUUGAUUAUAUAGAUCGGACAGCCUAUAGGGCCCUUGCAUAUGACUACCUCGACUUCUCCCCUUGCCACCCUUUUAUAUCUGGGAUUCGAGCAUGGAUCUCUUUACUUUUCAUGGAAGAUGGAAAUGAAGGAGUCAUUGAUGUUUUCGGGAUUGAAAUGGAUUUCUGUGAUGCUGCGAGCUCUAAGGACGAAAUUCUGUGGUUGUUAGAUAUGCUUGAUUGGAAGUGAGCAAAGAGAGGAAAUGCCACCCUCGAUUCAAUAGUUGGAUGUUUCAAUUUCUUCUUGUAAAUAUCUUUUUAUAUUCUGUCAUUUAAUAAAUGUGAAUUAUCUACCUCUGUAUUUAGUCAUACAUUUUCUUCUGAGAUUGUCUCAUUAUCUAAUUGAAGUGGAACUACCUUACAAAACUACUUCA